UAUAUAUAUAUAUAUGUAAAUAAAUAAGUGCAGUCUAAAAAAUAUGCAAAGUACUUGGAGGCAACCUUGAUCCCAUUUGGGAUCAUGUCAAAGACAUGCUGACUUCACAGCUGAUAUUGCAUGUCUUAUCUGACAUUGUGAUAAGGACAUAGGUGGUGUAUAUAACCAAUAGCAUAUUGAUCAUGUUAGUUCAGAAUCAUGGAACAAAAUGCUCCUGCCAUAUAAGAUGACAAUGUAUCCACAGGUGGCUGAACCUACAAAUGAAGUUUUAAAAACUUGGACUUUUGUCUCCUUUUUUCUUUCUUCUUUUUUUCCCCUCUACAGAUUCCAGAUAUAUGCUAGGUGCUACAGAGCCAUUACAAAAAUACAGAACCCUGCCUGAAGGAUCUUAAUAUAAUUUUUAUUGUAAUGCAGUGAGUGGGUGUUAGACACAUGAGGACCAGAUGGGGUAAGGAAGGCAAAGGCUGCUCAUAGAAAUUACUCAGUGGUGGCAUAUGCACCGUUUCAUGUCUUACCAUUAAAUAACUUUUUUUGGCUCUUUAAAUAUUUUAGUUCCCUUUUUAAAAAAAAAUAUUUUUAUUUCCAGAAAAUUGAAAACCAAAUCAUACACCACCAAAGUACCCUAACACAUCACAGAAGUCUUUGUGAAAGAGCAAAUCUUUCAGAAAAAAACCCAGAAUUACAGAAUGAGUAACAAAGAGCAGAAGAAAGAAUGGAGCUCUCAUAAACUAACACAAAUUUUUUUUCAGAAGUGUGGUGAAACAAUUGUAGGUUUCAGUUAGUUCGUUUGAGUUUGUGGGUGGGUUUUUUUUGUUUGUUUGUUUUUUGGGUUUUUUUUUUUUGCCUGCAUUUAAAACUGAUUUUAUGCAUAUACUUAUUUAUAUGUAUGAUGGCACUUUUAUUGAUUCAGCAAGUACCAAAAAUCUUAGUUGGGAUUAGAUAGACUGUGUAAAGGAUAAUGGGGAGAAAUUGGUAUAAUUUAUUUUAAAUAUUAUAUUAUUACCUAAAAGUUUAUUUUAUAAUCUUAAGUAUUUGCAGGUUAGUAUGAUAGUAUUAUAGAAUAUCACAAGGAAUUGUUAUGCCAAAGUUAAUCGUAUUUAUGCUAGUGUUUAAAAGAAAAUUAAUGAACACAUCACUGACAGAACUGUUAAUCUCCACACCUUUGUCUCUCACACAGAAGGCAGAGUCUAGUAGCCUGAUAAAAGGGCUUGUGAAUCAAAGACAGCUCAGCUCCAUUGUCAUUAUUAUUCAGUGCAAAAUUCUGGUUUUGUCCUUCAUGCACAUAAAACACUGGUGAGGGACUCUACUAGUUGUGAUGCUUUUCAAAUACUAGUAUCAAGAAUAUCUCCAGAAUUCUAUUAUCUAUACUAUUCUCUAGAAUUCAGACACACCUAUCCACUAAUAAUCCAUUUGAAUUCACUAUUUCCCUCUCUUUCCAAAGACAGGGAACACUGUUUUUAGAGUUUCUCAAUAUCUGUGUGUAACUCUAAUUUGCAUUUCAUAUUUAGUCCAUAUUGAAAGAUUGUUAAAAGUUGGAGUGGUUUUGGGGUUUUUUAUUCCUUUCUAAUCAAAGUAUCUUAAUUUGUGGCAUAGGCUUUGCCAGGUCUUGACCAGAGUCAUUUUAUCUAGAGGCUGAAGUGUAGGAUUUUUAAUGGAAUGUAGAGUUCAGGAUCUUUUUCCACAUAGAGAUUAGUAUGCUUUUGGCUUCCUGAAUCUGCAGAUUGCUGACAUUGCUACUCUUUGCGGGUUUCCAAAAAUUACCAGCAUGCUGAUGGUUCUGCAUGCUUGAGAAACAAGAAGCCUUGACAAGAAUCAUAUGACUUGGAGACAUAGUUAAUAACAGUUUAUCUGAGAAGUUUAGUUGUUAUUAAUAGGCAAGAUCCCAUCAUUACUGAAGAAAAAGAGGGCUUCUAUUCAAAAAUAUAUUUUAAAAUAAUAAUUAAAAAACAAGCUAAUACUGUUAUACACUCAGUUACUGCCCACUUUCUUUGAUGUUAGUCUCUCCCUUCUCCUGCUUCUCCAAGUUCUGAGGGUUGUGUCUUUCAUUCUGCUGGAAGUGUUGUCUACAUUGGCAGCAUCUGGAGUCUUUUACAGGAAGGAAGGGGAUGUUCAUGCUAAUGUUGAUAUAUUAAUUUCUCUUCUGUUAUUGUUCUACAGCUCCAUGUUUCAUCCAAAUUUUUAAAAUAGUUUUCUUUUAUGUAUGUUAAAUAAUUUUUCUUUGUUUCCUUUGUUUCAGCUAAUACCAGAUCUGGUUAUCUCCAUGUUCACAUUUCUUUAACUGAGCAUGGGGGAGUCUUUCUUAUAGCUAUAGGUGUUAUCUCCUAUGCUGCACCUUUGUAAUCUCAUGCUUGUACUCCACAACAUCUCCUGUGUCUCCCCUUCUCAAGGUCUAUACUGUGUUUCCAUAGGCCUACAUUUCUGCAUAGUAUAGCGUUAUGUUUUAGUCAUAAAACUAUUGAGCUAACAUACAAAGAUAAGCAAAACUAACAUAAAUGAACUAGAGAAAUCUGGUCAACUAGGGAAAAAUGUUUAAACCAGGUAAAACAAUGUGCACAGAAUUUAAACAAAAAGUUCAGCCCGAGAAACUAAACUUUUAGCCCAGAAAAAUUCUGACAUGUGUCAGUCUGGAGACUUUGCAAAGUUAGUGGAUAACUUACAGCUUUUUUAUAUACCAGUGGCAAUACAGUAAGAGCAAUGGCAAUACAGGGCCAUACUGUUGCAUUCCUUUUUAAUGUGUUUGGUUUAGACUGUCUCCACAUGUAUUGCUACUGCUGUUAUUUUAUUGUUAUUAAAGUGAGCCCAAGGAUGUUUUAAUUUCAAAAUGGUAAAAUGUUGUUGCCUAGACCGUAGUUUAUAGCAAAACGUUGCAUGCAAUAUUAGUCAUUAUGGACUGUAUUUAAUUUACAUGCUUACUGUGUGGAAAAGUAGUUUUCACAAAGUGUUCCGUGUUUGUGCAGCUCUGAGCUCAGGGGCUGCUAAUUUGGGGUUAAAGACUUUUGCUGGUUCUAUGGGAUAAAUUAUCAAGGGUUUCUACUCCUUCCUGCCUUAAUUUCUUUUUUCCUGAAUAUGUAAUUUUGGAUAUAUUCAGAGCUAAACUCCUAAGAGAAAAUGUAAUUAUAGGGAGUAGUUGCUCUUGAUAUGUUCUGACAUUCAGGCUUCUAAGUAUUUUCCCCAUUUUGUUUUCCCUGGUCAUUAGCAUAGUGCAAUGCUUUUCUAGACAGAACCAGUGUAGUAUAACAACUAGGUAGUGCAGAUUUCAAUUUCUUUUCAUCUCCUUUAAGCACAGCCCUGAAUGUGUGCUUGUCUGUACAUGGGCCUUACGAACUAGGACAGAAAUGUUCUUUCUAGUAUCUUAUCUCAUUUUGUCAGUUUAGAUGCAGUGCAUUUCUUCUCUUGCCAUUCCAGAAAACAUUAGCUAGCAUAAAAUAAUGUUUUCUAUCUAUCAUGGUUAAUUAUUGUCCUUAACUUUCUCAGAUGCAAAAGGCCAUAUAUUCCUGGCUUUACAUCUCUUUUCUGUGUUACCGUAAAGUGGUACAAACAUAACUAAAUGCAGGUGGCAUGUAUGGAACACCAGAGAUGACCCAGAAAAGCAUUGUUUCUUGUUCUUUGUAAGUUCUUGGUGGUGUCAAGACUAAUUGUUUGAAAGUCUAUUAUGAAUGUAGAAAAGACAUGUCCUCACACAGACUUCAUGUUCUGAUUAAUUCAUAAUGCUGUAAGAAAAUUUCAUCUAGGACUUGAAAUGUUUGUGUUUUAUGACAGGAAGAACUCAGGCAGUAUUAACUCCUGUAAGACCCUUGCUGUUGGGUAGGUGAGGAAAGAGUGCCAGCAGAAGAGACUGAUUCAAGUUAUUGAGCUGAGCUUUGUCUUUGGCGGUUUAUGAUGGAUGGAUGAGAGACUAUCAAUGAGUAGAAUGGAAUCCUUUUUUUUUUCCCGUUUUUUAAAUUUCCAAAAUAUAUGAUUUUCUUUCUUACUUUCUUCCUCUGGGGGAACUUUUCAUGGAAGAAAUUUGCUUUGCUUCAAAUUUUUAAGAUACAUACCUAGAGGAAUAUGAGGAAACAACAAAGUUACUGCUUUGUCCAGCUGUUUAUAUUCUGCAUGAAUUUACCACAUGAGCUCAUUACUGAAAGAAAAUCACAAAGGACUUUACAUAUACAGAAAAGCUGUUUUCUCCAUCAGUAUUUGAAAUAGUGAAAAAUGCCAGAAGUGUCGAUCUAGUGUGUGGCUCUAACGUGAGCAAUAAAGUGCCAAAAAACCCUCAAGAAAGACGGUUACUUCUUUAGCUGUGGUUCAGGAACUACAGAUAUUCUUUUUCAUCCAGACAUGUGUGUUGCAAGAAAUGUGUGGCUAGUAUGAAAAAUGUUAUAGAGCAAUAUUUCACUUUUACAUCACCUUUCAUAUAUUUGUUCUGGAGCAAGAUAUUAAUUGUUGGGUUCAAAUGUUUGUGCAUGCUCCAGUACAACUGCCUAGAAGUAAUUAACUUUUUACAGUGGUGAGCACAUAAAAUUAAGGAGUGCUUAACUUGGCUGUUGUGGUUUUUUUCAUAGUUUACUCAUUCAAACACUACAAUGUAGAAAUGUUUGUCAAUUGCCAUAAAUCUGCUUAUGAUUACCUCUUAGAAGAUGAAAGCAAUUAUCCAUCCACACAAAAUUAGGAAAUGAAAUAACACAAAUAAACAGAAUUUUAAAAAGAGAUAUACAUAAAAUAUAUCCUUAAUUUGAGUAUCAUCAGGCUGAAAAAGAAUAUUUUGCUUGAGCAGGAGUUACAAAAUUUGUUCACAAGAAGUUGAAAAGAGGCCUGUGCUUUUUAAGGACCUUUCUUUCUUUCUUUCUUUCUUUCUUUCUUUCUUUCUUUCUUUCUUUCUUUCUUUCUUUCUUUCUUUCUCUUAAUCUGUAUAAAAUACAAUGUAGCAAAAAUAAUUUUGGGUUAAAUUUAUCUCUGUUCAUUCAAAGGUGGAGGAUGUUGGACUGAACCUCAUUUCACUUUUAAAUGCCAAAAACCAUCUCAGUGGAUUUCAGGGAAAUUCAUCUGAUGUGUCAAAAAUUCUCCUUGCCUGUAAUAAUUUCUUCCCAGGAUGUUUUAACUAAGCAGGUACAUCAUUUAAUGGGAACUAUAUAGAAAGUCAAUAUCUGCUUGUUUGUGAAACAACAUAGAAGUAGUAAUGGCAGUGUAAAGUUCUGACCAAACAAGCACACAAGAGACAGAAGCUCUACCAGAAUCAAAUUUCCACUGUUGCAGGUUGUCUCUGGAGUCUGCUCUGCAGAAUCCUGGUCACUGCUGUUAUGGCUGUCAAAGAUUUGAGUGAUACUCUCACCUGGUAUUAUGGAUCCCAGAGCUGUGUUGCUAUGCUCUGGAAAGUGAGGAUUACCCGUCAUUAAUGUCCUGUGUGAUUCCUGGUACUCCACCCUGCAAGCUGUUGUGCUGAUCUCUCUGCUGAUCCGUGCUAGUUUAGUGUAAAUCAGCUGUCACUGCAGGGACUUUGGGAGUUGAACCCUAUUUUAAGUUCAUAGUUGGAUUAGCUAUGAUGAAUGCUCUGUCAUUCCUAUGCGUUAAAAUAUAAGGAAUAAUGAUGCUUUUCAAAACAGAGAAACCAACUGAGCACUAUCUCCAUGUUCAGCAUGUGAGUUUCCUCUUUACUCUACCAGUUAUGUAAAUGACAGUGGUGAAUGAUAGCUGCUCGAGUUCCCCCAGAUGGAAAGAUUACAGCAGCUUAUUUGUCCUUCUCCAUGCAGCUCUCUCUAUUUUAGGCAGCAGUAGAUUGAGGAGAUUGCAGCUGAGUUAAUUUGCUUCAUCUGUGAGUCAAAAUAAACUGCUUUAUCAAUAGUCCAUUUCUUCUCGCUUGCACUAUUAAAAACAUUAGUCUAUCUUUUGCCUUUGAAGAGACCACAGCCUGAAGGGGGUUUCCUAUUCUAAACUGCACUUCACAAUACUGAUAAUGUUAACACAACGGCUGAAAUAGCUUUGGUGGGAGAGCAGUGUGAUUUUCUACCUGAGACUGCAUAUUCUUCUUAUAAUAGUUUCUGGAGUAUCCAUCACUGAAAAGGAUAGUGAUGUUUAAGAGGAAAAAGUGGGCAUAAUUUUCUGGAUUUUCUUAGCUUGCCUGUUGGCAAUGAAAAAUGUACUUUUCUUACUCUUGAGUCUUAGAAAAAUACUCUGAAAAAAUUAACAGUUUAUAUUUUACAGCUGGGAUGAACAGAAGUACUGAAAUGGGCAAUGUCCACUUGUAAAGCUAUGAAUUAGUGUCUAUCCUUAACUGAUAUUUUUGUAGUUGUUCUAGUGUAUCAUCAGAGGAUGUUAUAAUUUUUUUUUUUCGCUUGCUCAUUUUUUUUCUUUUCCUGCUGAUGCUUUUUUGCAACCAGUCCCUGUCAGGUUUUUGCUGAUUACUGCAGUUUUGGUGCAGUAGUCUUUACUGAAUUUCCCUCAAAAAGGAGCAUCAACCAGAUGCAAAACAGAGAACAUUCAUUCUGGGAGGCAGAUUACUGCGGAAAGGAGGAUGAGCUUUCCUAAUUCUCCUAAAGGUACACAAUAUUCAGCCCCAAGACCUAGUCUCUCUUCUCUAUUAGUGAGUCUGCAGUCAUGCACCUUUAUUCCAAAUCUCUUUGCCAUCAUUUGCAAAGUCCCAUUUCUUCAGCACAAUUGUAUACUGAAAAACUGGGCUUAGCUACUGAUCAUAAAGAUUCUUCAUUCUCUUGGGAUGAAGAUGUAAUACCUAAAGUAGGGAGAAAUUGUCUUUCCUACAAAACAUUUUACAUGCCCCUGAAGAUGUCUUUGAAGUUUACUAAGACUUUCUGGUCCUCUUUAAAAGUAAGGAUGUGACAUAUAAAUAAACCAUUACCUAACAUUCUCAAAGAAAUUAUCCUCACAGGGAUAUAUCAGGUAUCUCAGCUCCUUUUCCCUUGUGUGUGAUAGUUGCUGCGAUUCCACCCAUAAAAUAGAAAAAAACCUGAAAAAUGAAGGAUUUACAGCUACUUUGUACAGCUGAAAACCGUUUUCUGAAGUUGUAAUUUUUUAAAAAAUGCAUUUCCAAAGCUGAUAUGCUGCUGAGUUACAGUGAUCUUACUGUGUGCAAUCCUAAAAGGAGAUGGCUCUAUUCAAUGGUACAAACCUUGGAAAAGAGAUUUUUUUUUUCUUCCUUAUUGCAGCUAAGGGGUUCAAGAGUGGAGGUGUAUGAGGGAAUAGUCUUUUCUUCUUUAGAGCCAUAUUUCAGAUUUAGGUGUGUAAAGUUCAAGUUCCUUUAGUAUCUAAAGUUAUUUUGAUGAUCUACCAGAAUGUGUAAGAAUGACUGAUGCCACUAGUCCAGUUUCUGAUAUGAGAAUGUGAGUUAUUUAUAUACCAUUGCUGUUGGUAACUCAGCAAGCCAGGUAAACUUAAAGUUGUUUCCUUGGUCUGUGGGCAAACAUGAAUGUUGUUUUGCGAAGAUUGCUUAUGAGGUAAUAGGUACGUCUUAUGUGAAAUUGUAAUGGAAGUUCACAGGACCUCUGCACCUACAAGUAGCAUGUAUAACAACAGAAAGUGAGGCAAUCCUACUUCUAGUGCAUUAUAGGGUCUGCUGCCAUAUUUGAUUCUUAACAUGUUGGGUAAAUAUCAUUAUUCUUACAGUAUCAAAGCCACAUUGACCCUAAAUCAGUCCCAAGGAAACCCACGGGCUUUGACUUGUCAGCAAAUGCCAGCAGUGCAACAUCUUGUGGCCAAUGCAAUCCUUUUUGUCAGUGUAAAUUUGUAUGGGGUCUUUGUGAGGAUUUUGACAGAAAGGGCUCAGAGGAAGGCAUUCCUUCAGGCCAGGAACUGCAUUGAGGACAGGCUGAGACUGGAGGAUGAAAAUGAAAAACAGGAACGUCUCUUGAUGAGCCUUUUGCCCAGAAAUGUUGCAAUGGAAAUGAAGGAAGACUUCCUGAAGCCUCCUGAAAGGAUUUUCCACAAGAUUUACAUUCAAAGGCAUGACAAUGUUAGUAUUUUAUUUGCAGACAUUGUGGGGUUCACUAGUUUGGCAUCACAGUGUACUGCCCAAGAGCUGGUGAAGCUGCUGAAUGAACUUUUUGGAAAAUUUGAUGAAUUAGCUACAGAAAAUCAUUGCAGAAGAAUAAAAAUCCUAGGGGACUGUUACUACUGUGUAUCAGGAUUGACCCAGCCCAAAACAGAUCAUGCCCAUUGCUGUGUUGAAAUGGGACUGGAUAUGAUUGACACCAUCACAUCUGUUGCAGAAGCCACAGAGGUUGAUCUCAACAUGAGAGUUGGAUUGCACACAGGCAGGGUGCUUUGUGGGGUCCUGGGUCUCCGAAAAUGGCAAUAUGAUGUCUGGUCAAAUGAUGUGACAUUAGCUAAUGUAAUGGAAGCUGGAGGACUGCCUGGGAAAGUUCACAUUACAAAGACCACCUUAGAGUGCCUAAAUGGGGACUACGAGGUAGAACCAGGAUACGGUCAUGAAAGGAAUAGUUUCUUGAAGAAGCAUAAUAUUGAAACAUAUUUUAUUGUGCCAUCCCAUCGUAGGAAGAUAUUUCCUGGACUGAUUCUCUCAGACAUAAAGCCUGCCAAAAGAAUGAAGUUCAAGACAGUCUGCUAUCUGCUUGUUCAGCUCAUGCACUGUCGCAAGAUGUUCAAAGCGGAGAUCCCUUUCUCCAACGUCAUGACGUGUGAGGAUGAUGAUAAGAGGAGAGCAUUAAGGACAGCCUCUGAAAAACUCAGGAAUCGCUCCUCUUUUUCUAACAAUAUUGUAUACAGCACUCCGGGAACUCGAGUGAACCGAUACAUCAGCCGCUUGAUAGAGGCCCGGCAAACUGAGUCUGAGAUGGCUGACUUGAACUUCAUUACCCUGAAGUAUAAGCAAAUUGAGCGGGAAAAUAAAUACCACCAGCUUCAGGAUGAGUACUUCACCAGUGCUGUGGUUCUCUCACUAAUUCUAGCUGCCUUAUUUGGCCUUGUCUACCUUCUAAUAAUACCACAGAGUACCGUAGUUCUUGUUCUCCUGGUGUUCUGCAUAUGCUUCCUAGUGGCUUGUAUUAUGUACCUACAUGUCACACGAGUACAAUGUUUUCCAGGGUGCCUGACAAUACAAAUUCGUACCAUUUUGUGUAUUUUUAUUGUGAUCUUAAUAUACUCUGUGGCUCAAGGCUGUGUGGUUGGCUGCAUGCCUUGGGUUUGGAAUACCAAUUCCAGCAGCUCAAUAGUUAUAAUUUCUCCUGGUGGAACAAAUAAAACAAUGAAUGAACUGCCAUGUGACACAGCCCACUAUGGUUUCCUUUCCUGUGUAGUGGGGACUCUCACCUUGGCAAUAUUUCUACGUGUAUCUUCCUUGCCAAAAAUUAUUCUCCUGCUUUUUGUUACAAUUUUGUACAUAGUUAUUCUGGAACUCAGUGGUUACAGAAAAGCAGUGGGGGGCGGCUCCUUUUAUAUGCGUGGCUAUGAGCCAAUACUCGCUAUUUUGCUAUUUUCUUGCGCUUUAGCACUGCAUUCAAGACAGGUGGACUUGAAACUGCGUCUGGACUACCUCUGGGCAGUGCAGGCAGAAGAAGAGAGAGAUGAUAUGGAGAGAGUCAAGCUGGAUAAUAAAAGAAUUCUUUUCAAUCUGUUGCCAGCCCACGUUGCACAGCAUUUUCUUAUGUCUAAUCCAAGAAAUAUGGACCUUUAUUACCAGUCAUACUCACAAGUGGGAGUGAUGUUUGCUUCCAUCCCAAAUUUCAAUGAUUUCUACAUCGAACUGGAUGGCAAUAAUAUGGGAGUGGAAUGUUUACGCCUGUUAAAUGAAAUUAUUGCUGAUUUUGAUGAGCUUAUGGACAAAGAAUAUUAUAAGGAUAUUGAAAAGAUCAAGACAAUUGGAAGUACUUAUAUGGCAGCUGUGGGACUCGUACCUACUUCAGGAACUAAGGCUAAAAAAUCAAUUUAUUCCCAUCUGAGUACACUGGCAGAUUUUGCAAUAGAGAUGUUUGACGUUCUUGAUGAAAUCAACUAUCAAUCUUACAAUGACUUUGUCCUACGAGUUGGUAUUAAUGUUGGGCCAGUAGUGGCGGGAGUCAUUGGAGCCAGAAGACCACAGUAUGAUAUUUGGGGGAAUACUGUGAAUGUUGCCAGCCGGAUGGAUAGUACUGGAGUGCAGGGAAAGAUUCAGGUGACAGAAGAAGUUCAGCGGAUAUUAAAAAGAUGCAGUUAUGAGUUCGUGUGCAGGGGUAAAGUUAGUGUAAAGGGAAAAGGUGAAAUGUUGACCUAUUUCCUGGAAGGAAAGGCUGAUGGAAAUAAUUCCCAAACACGGUCAUUAAACUUAGAGCGGAAAAUGUACCCUUAUGGGAGAGCAAACAUUCAAACAAAACUGGGCACCAGCUGUCCAUCGGUGUCCUCAGUUGCUAGCUUUACUGCAAAACCUGGUCUUGGAGCAGGUCAAGCAUCUGCCACUCACACAAACCAAACACUGCAUUAUCUUCCUUCUGUGCCAGCUGUGAAGGAGGCAUAGAACAAAGGAGAUUUGGUUGUGCCACUUGCAGUGAACUUGGAGAGCAAUGGUUGCCUGAAUUUUUACUAAGAAGUCAGAGGUCAUAGGCCAAGUCAUUAACCAAGGACCACUACAACCCAACCAAAGAGAACUUGGGGACUGUGUAAUGAACUAUUGCAAUGGAACAUAUAAGGGCUAGCAAUUCUGUUAUGAAAAGUCAAAAUGGGAUUUUAUGGAAAUGAGGCAUAUUUUCUUGGCAUUUUUAAACAGUAAGUGAAAAAAAAUAGAUAAAUGUGCAAGCAAUUAUCUACGUGUGUGUGUAUAUAUAAGUUUUAAUCCAUAUAUGCACACAUACAAACAGUUCUGUGUAGACUUAAUAGAGAUUUAUAGAGAUGAACAUAAAAAUGUGUAUUUAUUUACACAUCCACCUGCAGAGACAUAGCAAGGAGAUUUCUCUUUCUGUCAUAGCCAGAAUUGUUGCGCCUGGGAUUAGCAAAGCUGCAUUUAACCAUGGAAUGUGGAACACCUGGAGACUCUCCAGGGCUACAGUAAGACUUUGAGAAACUGUCUUACCAGUGUAUGAAUUAAUGCAAUGAGAACAGUGUUUAUUGUGCUGUCAAUGGCAGAUUAAUGAAGAUUGGAUUCAGCUAAUUACAGAACCCUACGUAAGUUUUUUUCAGUUCUCCUUGCAUGCUCAAAAAACUUCCAAAAACUUUCAAUCAAACCAUUACACUAGGAUAUAAAGUAGAUAAAUCACAGAGCUUAAAGUUUAGGCAAAAGAACAAUAUAUAUUCUUUCCAUUAAAAAAAUACAAGUGUGGUAGAGCAUAGAAUUUGCUGCCUCUUUAUAGGUCAUUUGACUCUGUGCAAGACAGAGGAGCCACCCUGCAAGCACAGCAAUAUGCUUCUGCAAUAUAGAAACAUUCCUGUAUGUACAGUGCUGAUUUUACUGAGGAGCAGAAGGAUGGUAUUAUUUCAGGCUUUUAGAAAUAGCACAGGUCCUGUGGCUCAAGUCCAGGAUUUACCAUUCUAAACAGCUCAAGGUACAGUCCUGUACUGGUGGCAAACAUGCUGCUGCUAGUUUUGUGACAUUUGUAUGUUUGACAACAUAAUUUUAUAUAUUAAUUGAUUUUUAAAUUUAUGCCACAGUUUUAUUACACCUUGAUUCUAUCCAGACUCACUCUUCAAAGCUGUACAAUUACAGAAAGCUAUAAUUCUGAGAAACAAGCACAGUCAAACUUUGCCAAAUGAGGAGCACUGGUAAAUGUGCCAGGAGAGCAAGGCCUGCUCUUAAUCUGCAUAAAAACGAAAAUGUUGUGGCUGCUUUUUUCUCUACUGCUGCCCACAUCAUAUUGUUUAUGGUUUCAUACUGAAGUGAUGAUCCGGAUGUGAAAUGUGGAGUGCAACUCCCUAGUCAAGGUGGGAGCAGUUGAAGGUCAUCCUGCUGAGGGACACGUACUCCAUGGACAUGUGCCAUAUUGUCCUGACAGGGAUUCACAGGCUAACUAACCUUGUCUGCUUUCCAAAAGAGAAAUAAAAUUUUACAUUGCCUAAAAUCAUGCAAAACUUUCUUUUAACUAGCAAAACAAUCCACCCCCCCACAAAAAAAUACAAGAUCAAAAAACAACAACAGCAAAAGCCAAAAAAAACCCAACAAAAACAAACAAAAACAACCCACAAAACUAAAAAUCUCACUCCAGAACGCAGAAGUUGAAUAGACUGUACAACAGAAAAUUUUCAUGUACUAGGUUUUACACUUCCCUUUGGUGGGCCAAUUUUGUAACAGAUUUCAGUGGAAAGAAGGUUCUGAGCAAGUCCCCUCUUAUCAGCUUUUCUUUGGAGCAGUAAUUUUUGCAUUAAAAGUAUAUGACAGCACUAUGUCAGUAGAUGCAAAUGGUUAAAGAAAUGUUGCAGGAAUUUCUGGUCUCCACUCAGGAUGCUCCAGUGCGACUCCAGUGUUUUUCAGCAGAGUUUUAAAUUAAUUUUUAUGUACCCUGUCUGCUGAGUGCUUCAUUACAAAGCUGGCAAAGUUAGUCUUAUGAUUAAAGUGACUAUAAAAACUUGAGAACUGCUUCUUAAUUGUAUUGUGCAGGUAAUAUGCACCCUGAUUGAGCUGAAGAAAGUCACUGCAUUUCUUUAUCUCUCUAGGAGCUACCCAGUUCACAGAUAUUCUUCUAGAAAAAAUUUAUUUCUGGUUUUGAGAGUUUCAAAUAAUUUUAAAAAUAUACAUGUAGAGAAUACAGAUUUAAAAGAAGAAAUAUUUACAUAAAUAAACUGAGUAAGUGGUAUUUAUGUAAAGCACACUGCACAAUUAUGUUCUCUAACAGGUUUAUAAGAACUAAAUAAUCACAUGAGUAACUUAAAUAUUUAACAAAGUUGGAAAGCAUUAUGUGCAAUAGCAUUAAUCACUCAGUUCCUCUCUCAGAGAGCCCAUGCUACACAAUUUUUGAAUUCAAUGAAUUUGGUAUAAUUUCACUGAUAAUAAUGAAAUAAAAGUAUUUUCUGAUCCUAGAAGUAGAUCUGGUAGUAUGUGAAAACAUUGACCAAACACACCCAUUGGCCCACCCAAAAGCUUUCAGUGAAAUUACUUAUUUGUUAUUCUUUUUAUUAGGCUGAAGACAUAGGCAUCUUGCCAUUGUUUCUUUGAUCUUUUACUAAGUGGACAGUGAGCACAAAUGAAUUGUCCCCUCUGCUGAUAUUUUUGUGACUGUUCUCCUUCCCAGACCCAUUCCCAGUCUGGUAAUAUCAGUGGAAGAUCAUGUAGCAAGGUAAAUUUAGAUUAUUCAUGUUAACAUUUUAAAUUAUUAACAGGUGAUAAUUAAUUAGAAUUGGUCCAAAGAUUUUCAAAGCCUGAUCCUCUUUAACAAAUAAGGCAUGUUAUUUUUGUAAUAAUGUUUUCCAUGUUAAAUGGAAAGGACCAGACAGGUACAGUCCAUCAUCAGCUUCUCAUUCUGUGCUUUUGGAGGAGGUCUCUUCUUCCUAGAGCAGUUGAGUGGACCAGGAUGGCUUCUUGGUACUGCAGGCAAGCUGGUGUGUAUGUCCUAGCUUACAGAAUCAGUAAUGGUAUAUUUGGAGUUGAUUUCCAGACUUUAAGUCAUAGAUUUAUAGAAUGCUUUGAGUUGGAAUGGACCUUAAAGAUCAUCUAGUUUCAACCCUGUUGCCAUAGGUAGGGACACCUUCCAACAGACCACGUUAACAUCACUCUCUCUAAGUUCACUAUCAUUAACAUCAUUAUCCUAUCAUUAAUGGUUUUUGUAUUUGUAUUAUUUUGUUGCUGCUUUUACCAUGGGGAAAAUGAUAUAUUAAUUUGUAGUCCUGGACUGAGAAUUAUAAAUUUAUGAAGAAAGUUCAGCUAAGGCACAAAUUAGUAAAAUACAAUGUAAAAAUGAUAUGCAGGGUUCAGCAGCCAUUUCAACAAUGAAAGCUAAGUGCCCUUUGAAAUCAUGAUAUAAUGAAGCUGUGCUCUUAUCUUUAUGCUUUCCCUCUGUAUUCAUAUAGUUUUUCCCCAGUAGAACUUUCUUGUUCUGUCUACAUUUGUUUAAUUUCAGCUUUUGUGUGACAGUUUUAAAUGACAUAUUUAAUCUCUCAGCUCUUCUGCAUUCUUUGACAUGUUUAAUAAGUUUUAUACAUGGGUGGAAAGAGGGGAAAUAUACAUGGAAGUAAUACAUCUGAAAACCUCAUAAAUGCACAUUUUCUGCCAAAUUAGAGAAAAUUGUAAGAAAAAAAUUUUUGGCAAUUGUCUUAAGAUGGUAUGUGGCCCACUCCAAUAUCCCUGAAAAUCAUCAGAAGGAUUUCCCUGGAUUUCUGUGGGAUUCGUGUUGUGUCCAUCUUACUGCACGCAGUUGUAUUUCCUGUCUUGCAUAUAUUAAUUUUCUGGUCAAGCACUGUAACUUUUGCCUAGGUAACCUUGCUGUAGCCCUGUCAAGGUGUCUGCCCCACAGCAACCAGAAGUCCCAAGUGUUCAUCUGAGGAUAGUAACUUGUUGAUUUCUGGGCAGAAUAGCCUCCUGUAGUUCUGUUCACUGUUUUGUGCAGCUGUUAGCUUGAAACAAUUAACAGAUACAAGCGCUAAAAAAAAGUGAUGCCAUUUUGGCAUGUCGAUGUCUGUCAAUAGCAAGCACAAUAUUUCAUGUCAGUUUGCAUGCUUCCUUUUCAGAUAAUAGUAAUAAUAGAAAUCUUUCAUUCUUUAUAUAAACAUGUAAGUGUCAGAGAUCUUUAGUCUUGAGAGCUAAUUUCUAAGUAUUCCUAUACUACCUUUAUCUUCAAAUGGUUUUUUAAUUCAUAUUCUCUGCUGAGAUUGCAAACUGGCAUUCCACCAGUUACUGGCUAGAUAUUUCCAAACAUAUUGCUUUUACAUUGACUAGAAAUCUACUUUAACCAGCCUGUGAAAUGCACAGUUUUUUGUAGCUGCUUUACCCUGUGGCUAGUGACACUCACUUCUCUUCACCAAACAAACACAAAUUUUCCCUUGCUUUCCCUAGGUGAGACUGAGAGCCAAAAGCUUCAGCUUGUUAGGGCUGAAUCUGCAUCCCCUUAUGUAUCCACAAGGCCUGCAGCAAUCACCAGUUUAGGAUGCUUGCAAAGGUCAGGAGCUGAGCUCCUGUAGGCCAAGUUCUGCCUUGGGUUAUAGCAAUGUCUCGUGUCAAUACUGAAUAUUUUUCAACAUUGUAAACAAGAGUAGGUCAUGCACCGAAAUCUUUCACACUUUUGCCUGUAAUUUAUCUGUCAGGCAAAAUAAAGUAGUUGGGUGUCACUGUUUGAAUGAAAACAGUAUAUGACCUGUGCCAUUUCAGAGCUUUGAAGAGUCUGAAAACAUUAAUAAGUAGCAUGAAUAAUUUUCCUGUGUUGUAUUCCUGCUUAUAGCAGAAAGAACGCAUUUUCUUUACAUCAGCAAAUCCAGAUUCUCUAUGCGUUCUGCCCAGGCAGGAGGACUAUUUAGCCAUAAUAUUCUUUCAAGUUAGAGUUUUGUAUUACAGUGAAAACCAACAUUUUUUUAAUUUGUGAUAAACCUGUAUUAUAAUGCCUUAUUUUUAAUCUUGUACAGUGUUACAAAACAAGAGAAAACAUUGGCCUUUCAUGUAUUAUUCACUUUAAAAGAUGUAUUGUACUAUGAAAUUCUGUAAAUAGUUUUAGCUAGGACAGGUAGUUGCAUGUACACUUGUAUAAAAAGAAGGAAAAAGGCACACUUUUAACAAAAAUGAAUGAUUUUUGUAAGAGGCAUUUUACAUAUGCAUGGAGAUUAUAUAUCCUUUUAAAAUGGAUGUCUUUUUUGGUUUUCCUUGCAAUCUACUGCAUGCCAUUCAUGCCUGACUUCAGUAAAACAAACCAGUAUGUUUUUGACAUAUCACUUCUGGCACAGUUAAAUCACUAGUUGCAUGUGCAUUCAGCAAACCAAAAUACAAACAGCAAAUAAAAAAGAAAAUAACUUCAUGAUUGUGAUCUGCCAACCUCAGUGUUUCAAGGUCCAUAACACAGCAUAUGAAAAGUGUUAUCUCUAAGCUGUCUUCAUAAGGUACCUUCUGGUCAUUAGAAGCAAUAAACUACUUUCUGUAGUGUAAAAAGCAAACCAAUACUCUAGUUCAAAAUGGUGUAGUAUCUGACAUUCAGUGGUUAUUCUCUGAUAAUGCAAUUGAUGUAUCAAGAAGGACUAGGUGUCAAAUCCAUCUUUGCUGUAUGCAGGUGCAACACUAUGGAAAGGCAAAGAAGGUGAAUUUGGCCCAUUAAUGUUACCCAGAGUAUACUUCUAAUGCGAUAGUAAGUUAUUGUAUAUGAAAAGUACAUAAUUUAAAUAGGUAGUUUUCCUGGAUUCAUACAUACAUAUAUAUGUAUAUAUGUAUGUGUGUGUGCAUAUAUAUAUAAAUAUAUAUAAAUUAAUUUUUUGUUGCCUUAUUUCUGUCACUUUUUUUACUUAUUUUCCAAAUAGUUUAUAUUGCUAAGCAGAAAGUAUUUAACAAAACUAUCCAGAGAAAGUUCAUAGCGUUUAUCUGGCUUUGAGCCAUCUGGGUUCUCUGCUGAUUCCAUGCUUCCAGAGAUGCCUCCUUUAGGCAUCACAGCCUAACCCACAGCUUGAGGCUGAUGUCAACUAGUGACAUUGAAAUAAGAAAUCAGUUUCCAAUCUUCUAUUUGAUUUUUUUCCCAUAAAGUUGAUGAUCAAACUUAAAAUUCUGAAGGAAAACCUAAAAUUCGGAAGGUAUUUUGCACACCUCAUUUUUAAAGUUGUCAUAUCUAUGUCACUACAACUCAGGAUUACUUCUCAAAUUACUUACAUAAUUGCUGUAUGACAAGUAAGGAGUAUUUGAGGAGGGUAACACUGAGUCUUGUGGCAAACAGAAAAGGGUGUAGACUGUAAAUACUUUCUGCUUUGAAUAAGGAUUUGCAUUUUACAAUUUGAGCUAGUGUUAUGAUAGAACUCAGAAAUCUGUUAAAUUUUUUGUUUAAUCAGGUGACUAUAGGAUUAACUAAGCAGUACAGCUUCUGCAAGUACUUUUGUCAUCCUAAGUUUAGAGGCAGGUUCAUACAAUAUAUCCUUGCUGCCUGCAUAGAAAAACCACUACCUUGUACUGACAAUUGUCUUCAUUGUAGUAGUUAAGGGUUUCUAACAGUCCUAAACUAACUCAUCUCAAAUUCAGUGGGUUUUACAUCUCAGUGUGGUGUAAUUGUUGUGAAUAAUGACAAUCUGGACACUGCUCCUGUAUCCCACCCUGUUUAUGAUUGCCGCUUUCCAGAACUCUGUAUAGGCAAUUUUUAGAUCAUUUUUCAUUUUAAUCCCAUCUCUCUCUGAGUUCUCAGGCCAAAUCUAAAUCAUUAAUAAAUAUAUUAAGGUAAAUAAUGGGAAAAGUACAUAUAAGGGAGUGGUAGCCUGUUGCUUUUUAAUUCCUUUUCAAAAUAUCACACUGCUUGGGUGGCCUGAUGUGAUUUACAAUCUGAUUGGUGCAAGGAUAAAAAAGGAAAGAUGGAAAAAAAAAUAGGCAAAGUCAGCAAGAGUUCAAAAAACCCAAAAAAAGUAGCCUGUGAGAUAGCAAUUGCUGAAAGAAAAGGGUGAAAAGCCAAUACUCUUCUGAAGUCAGCGGUAAAACUCAGUGACCUGGGACAAGUCUGAAGUAUCUGAUCUGGAAAUACUUAACCAGAUUCAUAGUGCAACAAAAAUAAGGCUUCUGUUUAAUUGCAUGGUCAAAUCAGUUUCUGAGGUUUUGUGUCACAUUUACAAAAAUAUUCAAGACGUCCUGGUGAACCACUUCCAGAAUUUCAGAAGGAAUUAUCAAAAGUAGUUGGGGGUUUUCACCUUUAAUACCUAUUUUUUGAUUAUUAGGAAGCAACUUGGAAUUCAAAUUAGCAUUGGUUAACGUCCAUAGUAUUAGUCCUGAAAGGACUUGGUUUUGCUUGUGCCUUACUGCAUGCUGGAGGAUCUACUUCUUUAUAUUAGGAUCCCCAUUUUAUGCCUUCUGUGGCAUCAGACAUGACACACCUGCAUAAAACUGAAGGGGAAAAAAUGUGCUGCAUCACUGUGAAGAUUUUUAUUAAUUCCUUUCCUACUUUGGUUUACUACCAGUACAGCUAUGUGGAUGCAAGGAGUGUUCCAUUUGUUUGUGGAGGGAGGCGAUACACAGGUAUAUGUGGAUCCAAGCUGAAGAAGAAUAGGUUUCCUAAAAAGCUCAGUGAGCUGAAUUCUGCAGAAAAUAUUUUCAGAUAUUUUGGGACUCCUUUCACAAAGCUGGCUGCUCUCCUCUACAGAACACCUUGUAACUGCAUUGUCAGGUUUGCUAGAUGUAGGUUAGCCUGCUGCUGGUAAAACAGCUAACAAAGAGUUCUUGCUGUGGGCUAAAGUGGGGUUUAAUUACUGUGGUUGUGCACACUAUCAUGUCUUACUUCCAAGUGCCUGACCUUCUCCUUUAAUCCUAGACCUGUCUUGUAGUGGCAUCAGUUAUGAAAACCUUCAGCUGGCACAUUGAAGUUACUUAGGUGAUUUCUCAUGUCUUUUGCUCCUUAGUGCAUAUGGGUGCAAGACAGAUUUCAUAUGCCAUUCAAGCAAUAUAUAAAGAAUUUUUAGUGAAAUGUAAAUGAAAAUUAUUUAUCAGUGCCAUCAAAAUUGUUUCAUGAUAAUUAUAUUUUGAAUUGCUACAGUAGAGAUGAUUCUUCUUAGAAUUUCUCCUUUCUUUGCAGUAACAUUACUAGGGCUCAAUAAGGAAAAACAAAGAAGAAAAGAGAUUGCAUAACUUGCUCCUGUUUACAAGUAUAAUUGUCUGUACAAAACUGAACUUAGACAAAGAAAACAGAGAGUUUCUUUUCUGCUUUCAAACUCCUGUUUAUUACAGAGAAGUGGCUUUGAAAAAUGCUAGAGAAUACAGUGAGAAUGAAAGCAAUGCUUACUUUGUCUAAAAACUAGAAUCCAAGAACAGCUAGCUUUUCUAGUAUAAUUAAUACAGAAAAUCUUAGAACAGUGAUAUUAUUUUCUUUGAAAUUCUGACAGAGAUUAAAUCCUGACACAUUUCACAGUUUCAAGCAAAUUCAGUAAAAUAAUUUCAAGCAAAUUCAGUAAAACCCAUCUCUUAAAAUCCCUGCCUUUAAAACUUGUGUUGCAAGUAACAUCUGUCUGAAUUGUAUCCUGCUGGUAAGUCCUUGUACUCUCUGCUGUCUGCAGCUUAACUUCUGCCCUGCUGGCAUAUGUACAUAGGUUCUGCUUGGAAAUAAGAUGCUCAGCAUUUCUCCAAUCUCUUAAUUGAAAAGACGUAAAAGUGUUUUAUAAUUAAUGUUCAGCAGCCUAAGGUAGGAAGCAAAAGACUAGACAGAGCUUGUGUUCUAUAAACAAAAUUAGUCUGCCUACACAUGAUGACAGAGUUAAUUUUAGGCUUAUCCAUAAUUUUAAGGAUCCUAGAAAUAUUCAAAUGUAAUAAAUAUCAUAGCAAUAAGAGGAGAUUAAGCUAGACAUACCUGCCUGCCUCUUAACACCAUAUAAGUUUUCUUUGCACAUAAAAUAUGACCUACAGCUCAUAAAAUAAUGUUUCUUCAGAAAUUGGUACCCCUUCUACACUUAACUCACCCUCAGUUGUUCUAUGUCAUCAUAUUUUUGUUGAGGAGUUUACUGUACACUCAGGCCAGCUUUACGAUCUCCCUCUGCAAGUCCUCUGUCACAUGGUUGUCAAACUUCUUUUUCAAAAAGAAAAUAUAUUUUCAGAAAGUUGAUUUUUUAUGCAUAAUAGAUGUUUAGGGAAAAAAAACAACAUAAUACAUAAUCUCGUUAGGAAGCAGUACAUGUGACAACAAACCUGAAAGGGCAUAUAAACAUACUCUGUGGUGGGAGUACAGGCACCAACAGCUAGCAGCAAGCUGGGCAAUAAGGCUUCAAUCUGCCAUCAGCAAACAGGGCAGCAUCUCUGCUCAAGGGCCUGAGGAAGAGACACAGAAAAGAAAGAGUGGUGUAAUUCAUGUUCUCUAGUAAUUUACCAAGAACAUGCAAAUCCAUUUCAAGAGCAGUCAUGGUGUCUGGAUACCAGUCUUUACUAAAAUGUUAGAGGAAAGAUACAGGCUUGGAGUAUUUUCUGGCUGGUUGACUUGGAACAUUCAGUAAGAAGACUGUGCAAGAGGAAUCUUAAUCUACUUAAUCUGCAGAUGUUUGCAGCAAAUUCUGCACUGCUUCUGGAUGACUUUAAAUAUUUGCUUAGACUUUGUGGAAAAAAAUGUUAUUUGCUUCAGGUAGACAUAUGGGAAAAACAAUGUAUUCUCUGUAUUUAUUGUCAUAAAAGUUUUCAGAAGAACUUUUAGUCUUGUUUACAGUCCAGUAAAAUUAAUGAAAAUAUGAACUUCAUCAAUUAUUGAAUUUUUAGAUUAAGCCUUAUUCUAGUGUCUAUUCCUCUGCCAUGUCAGAUGGGGUGUGACCAGUGACUUCAAAAGGACCAGGAGGAGGCCUACGGUAUCACAAAAGAAACAUCUACAUAGGUAAAAUGGGUAGUCCUAACUUUAAGGAGUGAACAAGUAAGUCAAGAUGUCAUUAUUCCAACUUCUAUAGCCCACUGAACCUAUAAAUAAUGUUUUGAUCUUUAAAGCUAUACACUAGAUACAUAUAUAUAUAUAUAUAUAUGUAUAUACAUACUACAAUACAAUAACUUAACACUGGGUAACUUCUAAUGAUAAAUUUUCAUUAAUAAUACGGGUCUAUUUUUAUGUAAAUAUAUUAUUGUAGAGUAUCUUCCAAUCUUUUUCAGGAUUGUUAAAUUGAGAAGAGCAAUUGAAUAUUUGUCCUAUUUUUAUGUUAAAAAGUGAAUGGACUGAAAUGUUAAAUGUGAAUGUAAAUUUCUUAUUGCAACUUUUAUACUGAGUGUUUGCACUAUUAUAAUUUCUGGAAUCAAAUUAAAAAUAAAGGAAAAAAUUGCUUGAAUAAACAGCUGUAUGAGACUGUU